AAAUAUGGAAAUGAGUUUGAACGCUUAGCCCAUCAAUUCCCACAAAUCUCUCAUUUUUCAUUUUUAAUUUUCUUCGUAUUUCGCUCGCAUUUUCUCUUUCUAUUUGCUUGCCCUGCGAAUCGAAGAUUCGUUGAAGAGUGAAUUUCAGUUUUUUUCUCUCUCCAGGGAUUUUUUAAUCAAGAGAUUCAGCGGCUUUGUUGCGGAAUCCAGGUUUUGAAAUUCGAGAUUCUAUGUUUUGCUCGAAAACGAGGGAAACAGAAUUUUGAGAUUUUGAGUGGCGAAGAAAGGAAAGUAAAAGAGUUUUAGGGCUUCUUGGGAUGGCAUUGAUUUAGAACUUAUGGAGAAUGUUUAUAAUCUUGGAGUUUAUUCGUUAGGUUUUGAAUAUUGAUUGGUGUUUGCUUAUUAGGGUUUUAAUUGAACAUUCUAUUAUUUGAUGAAUGUGAACCCUAAUUCGAAUUUUUCUGAAGAGUAAUGAACUGUUCUGUGAACUUUGAAAGAGUUUGAAUCAGAAGAGAAGAGUUCCGAGUUUGUACAAUUGAGUAUCAUCGAAUGUAAACCUUAAUGGAAUUGUUGAUAUGUGUGGUCAUUGGAAGUUAAUCUUAUGGCACCAGCUUUUCCGUUAGAAUACACGGGACUGAAGGAAUCCGAAAGGUGUUCAUUUUCACAAUUGAUGGGGAAAUCUAGGGAGUAUUUUAAGGGAGGGAAUCGUUCUGGUUUUAUCCCUGAUUACAGGCAUGCGGUUGAGACCAUGGGUGAAUCAGAAGGGAUUGGGAGCUCAGGACGGAUCGAUACAGAAAUGACAGCAUCGGAGGGUUCAUGUGCACCUAAAAGGAAAUGUAUUGGUUUGAAUGCUGAUAGUUACAAUAAUUUUGGUGUCCCCAUGCAAGCAUUGCUGUUGUCAAAGAUGUCACAAUCUGAGAGAAAGAAUUUGGAGUUGAGAUUAAAAAUGGAGCUUGAACGGGUUCGGUUGUUUCAGAAGAAAGUUGCUAGUUUGGGCUCGAGGUUAGAUUUUUUAUCUCCAUCUACAGAUAACAGGAGUUGCAGUGAUGGGAAGAAGAUGCCUUUGCUCGAUAAAUUUAAUCGGUCUGGAGCAUCAAAUUCACAAGGUAAGAAACGACCUCUUGGAGGACAUAAUGGAGUCCACUCAAAGAAGAGCACAUCGGGACGAUUUGAACCGAAGCCGGCCGUUGCAGUGAGUAAUUCGAAUGCUUACUUGAUGAAGCAAUGCGAGGCUUUGCUCAAUCGUUUGAUGCAACAUAAUUUCGGUUGGGUUUUCAACAGCCCUGUUGAUGUGGUGAAGUUGAACAUUCCGGAUUAUUUUACUGUCAUUAAGCAUCCUAUGGAUUUUGGCACUGUGAAGAAGAAGAUAACUUCUGGACAGUAUGCUAUUCCAUUGGACUUUGCUGCUGAUGUUCGCCUUACACUCUCAAAUGCAAUGACAUAUAACCCACCCGGAAAUGAUGUCCACAUUAUGGCCGAAACGCUAAGUAAAUAUUUUGAAGCAAGAUGGAAAGCUAUAGAAAAGAAGCUUCCUAUAACCAUGAAUGUCGUUGAUGGUAUGCCUUUAAUAGCAGCGGAGCACCCUAUAGAAGUUGAAAGGAAUAGUGACAUUUUGCCUAUGAAAAAGAAAAAAAUAACCCCAAAAGAAAGUAUUCUCAAGUCAGAGCCCGUUAGACAGAUGAUGACCGAUCAGGAAAAGCAGCAGUUGAGCACAGAAUUAGAGUCUUUGUUGGGCGAGUUGCCUGAAAACAUUAUUGAUUUUCUUAAAGAACAUAGUUCUACUGAAGGUCAAAUGGGCGAGGAGGAGAUUGAAAUUGACAUCGAUGCUCUGAGUGAUGAAACCUUGUUUCAAUUGCGAAAACUUUUGGAUGGUUAUUUGCUCGGGAAGCAAAAAAACCAGGCAAAAGUUGAACCUUGUGAAAUGGAGCUUCCUAAUGAGUCAGGAUUUAGCAAUUCGUCAAUGCAGCCAUGUAAAGGUAAUGAUCAAGUUGAAAAGGUCAUAGAUAUAGUUGCUGGCUGUGAUCCAUCCACUUCUAGCUACCCUCCUGUAGAAAUAGAGAAGGAAUUAAACCAUACAAACAGCAAAUGCAGUAGUUCCAGUAGCUCAAGCAGUGAAUCAGAUACUGAUUCUGGUAGUGAGUCGGAUGCUGCUAAAGCUUCAGUUCCUGUUAGGUCUACGAAGGAAAAUAUGGAUUCGGGAAAAAAUUUGGACUUAAACAACAGUAGUGUUGCAGUUCCCAAUGGUGCAAAUCAGUCACUAAAUGAGUUUGGUCAAGUUGAGUUCUCAGAUGAUAAACCUAGUGCUGUUGAGGUAGAGGGCCAACAAGAGGAGGAGAGUGCUCCAUCUGAGAGGCAAGUCUCCCCCGAAAAGCUCUAUCGUGCAGCUUUAUUGAGGAAUCGUUUUGCUGACACCAUACUUAAAGCUCGAGAAAAGGCACUUGAAAAGGGUGAGAAAGGUGAUCCGGAGAAACUGCGAAUGGAGAGGGAGGAACUUGAAAGACGGCAAAGAGAAGAAAAAGCACGGUUGCAAGCAGAGGCCAAAGCCGCGGAAGAGGCAAGGAGAAAAGCUGAAGCUGAAGCUGCUGUUGAAGCCAAAAGGAAGAGGGAGCUGGAGAGAGAAGCAGCACGUCAGGCUCUUUUAAAGAUGGAGAAGACAGUGGAUAUCAACGAGAACAGUCAAUUUAUGGAAGAUCUAGAGAUGCUUACUACGACCAAUGAUGAAACUUUGCCUGAUUUCAUGGACGAGACUAGCCCAAGUCAUUCUCAAAAUGAGUUGGGAAGUUUCAAACUCCGGGGAGUAAGUAAUCCCCUCGAACAACUAGGUUUAUACAUGAAGCCGGACGACGAUGAUGAAGAUGAACCUCCUCAAAGUGCUCCAGAGCCAGUAAAUGAUGUUGAGGAAGGCGAAAUUGAUUGAAUUGUUUUCUCGGUGUGCUUGUCGAGUCGAAUCUAACUGCAUUCCUGCGAAAUUAUGUCCUUGAUAGAACAUUCUUUGACACCAUAAAAAUUGUCUAUUUUAUUUACCUAAAUACAGGAAUUAGGAUCCAAGCUGUUAUUUGUUCAGUUAGUAAUCUUUUUAUUUGGGUUGAGUAGAUUUUUCUUUUGUUUAGGGGUUAACUUGUGGGUUUAUGAAGCUCUGCUUGUGUGUGUGUGUGCGUAUAUGUAGGCCUUAUAUUUUGUCAUGCUUUCAGGUUAGGUUUGUAUUUAUUGAAAUGUUUGUGCUAACAAUAAAUAUCGUUUAGUUGUGUUUUGGGGUUGUUUUUAUUUCACGCUUUGUUUUGGGGUA